AUGCCUCCUAAGCUCAACACACAGACGGAAGCAACAGUGGACGUGCUGUGGCUGUCGCACACAGGCGAGGAGCACUCCUAUUUCACCCUACUGCCUGCCUGCUGCAACACUCAGUCGACCUUUGAAGGGAACGUGUGGCUCGUGCGUGAUUCUGCCACUCAGAAGCUGUUGCACAGAGUGAAGGUCGCCCUGUGUUCCUCGGUCGGUCGUCGGCAAAGGUACCUCAUACGCCCACUACCAUCCCAACAGCACAUGCUGCGUGGCUCUGCUAACAUUGAUGCUGCUGCUGCUGGUCGCGGUUGUGAUGGUGCUGCUCCUGCUGAUGCUGCUGCCGACGGUGGUAAUGCUGCUCCUGCUGCUUCCAUCGGUGCUGGCAGCAGUGGCAAGCGAGUGGUGACAGAGGACGAGGCAGAGGGAGAUUUGCGCGUGCCGUCGUGCUACAGGCAGGUGGUGGGCACGGCAGUGGGCGUGCCUGUGGUGGCGCAUGGCCAUGUGUGCAUGCAGGCUCUCUGUGCUGCUGCUGACGUCAUUGAGCAUAUGCUGCAGCUCACCCCACCUGAUGUGGUAACCCGGUUACAAGACAACUGGUGCAAGGUGGCGGUGAUUGGUCGAGAGCAGGUGACAACGGAUGUACUGGAGCACUCUCACCUGAGGGGGAGCAGAACGGACGAUGGCAGGGACUGGGACUGUGAGGUGCGUGGUCUGGGCGGCACCAUGGUCAUCCCUACAUGCUCGGUCGGCGAAGAAAACCUUUUGCGCUGCCCAAAAGAUCGGUAUCGGGAGGAGAGCAUUUUGGUGCAUGAGUUUGCACACACGGUGAUGGAGGUAUGCUGCCAUGCAUGA